AUCAUCACCACAGCCAACUGACCGACCCACAGCCGACAGGCCCAGAGGAGCGACAGGACUAUCACGCAGCCGUGCACAAGCACCGUCACAAGAAACACAGCACAUACGAUGUCCGUUACACUGGUGACCGAUCUCGGGGACAUCAAGAUUGAGGUGUUUUGCGAAGCCGUUCCAAAGGCUGCAGAGAACUUUAUGGCCCUCUGCGCCAGCGGAUACUACAACGGGUGUCUGUUCCACCGCAACAUCAAGGGCUUCAUGGUGCAGACAGGCGACCCGACCGGAACCGGCAAAGGAGGCAGCUCGAUCUGGGGCCGGACAUUUGCAGACGAGAUCAAGACGACGCUGAAGCACAACACUCGAGGCAUCGUCUCGAUGGCCAACAAGGGUCCGGAUACGAACCUGUCUCAGUUCUUCAUCACAUAUGCCAAGCAGCCCCAUCUCGACACCAAAUACACGGUGAUGGGCAAGGUCCUUGAUGGCAUGGAGACCCUCGAUGCUUUGGAAACCGUGCCGGUGGAUAACCAACACAGGCCCAUCCAGGAUGUGCGGAUCAAGCAUGUCAUCGUCCAUGCCAAUCCACUGGCCGAAUCGCAGUGAGCAUGGCCUGGAUGUCACUGUGAAGCCAAGGCACAGAUCCUCCAAGACCAAAAAUACGAGACACCCGGAUAUUCGAGGCGAACCGAUUUGCAGCCGCCAAGGACGAUGUUGAUCCCCGGUUCCCGUUGUCUGAUCGCCGGCGCUGCUGUUGUCGUCUGUGAUCGAUGGUGAAUCCGUCUGGGCGACAACUCCCAGAUGUACAAGGUCGGUCUCGAUGAACGAGCGCUGGCUUGGAUACUUUGACCAUAUCCCCUGGCUAUGAUUUGGGACGAUGCGCACCAGCAGCAUCUACAAGUCAUGAGGAUCACGGCAACAAUGCCAGGCUGCAAGAGGGGUACAGCGUGUUGAAGAAAAAAAAUGGGACCGAUCGUCUCAUUUGGACAAACACGGCGUAGUCGGAUCAUAUCACAC